UCCUCGGUGCCCUUCCUCCGGGCUGCUCACAGCACUACAGAUCACCUCCACUCUCCCUUAGCCUCUCUCUGCGCCAAAGGUCAGGUGGGGACAGGCUGGGGCCACCAGCAGCUCCAUGGCCAAGGCUAUUGCCUCUUCUCUCCUUCCAGCUACGGAAAGAAAAGACGAAAAGUCUGUGUUGAUCUGCAUUUGGGGGGCCCUUCCCCCUCCGAAAGUUCCAGUGGUUGAAACUUGGAUUAUCUGGAGACGAAGGGACAGAAAGACCCCAGAACAUCCCCACAGCUCUCGCACCUGUGGCUAUGUCCUUCCCCCUGCAGCUGGCCCGUGCGUCUGGAAGUAAGCACGGAGGAUCCUGAGCUGCAGAUGUUCCAGCUGUGACUUCUCCUCCGAUACCUGAUGGGACCGCCUGAAAGGCCAUCCCUUGGCUGGACACCCAAGGAAGCAGACAUGCAAAGUGGCCCCCAGCCCGAUGAAUGGAGCAGUGGAUGGAAGCCUGGGGAUGGGGGUGCUGCCCCCUUGCCCCUCUCCCCAGCACUGUCCUUCCUUCUUCUGUUCCCACUGGCGAGUGCCCUCCAGCCCACUCCUCUGCCCUUUCCAGAGCUGAGGCUGGUAGGGGGUCCAAGCCGCUGCCGAGGGCGCCUGGAGGUCAUGCACAGCGGUUCCUGGGGCAGCGUUUGCGACGAUGACUGGGACGUUGUGGAUGCCAACGUGGUGUGUCGUCAGCUGGGCUGUGGCCUGGCAUUGCCGGUGCCGCGGCCCCUCACCUUUGGCCAGGGCAGAGGGCCCAUUUUCCUGGAUAAUGUGGAAUGCCGCGGGCAGGAAGCGUCUCUGAGCGAGUGUGGCAGCAGGGGCUGGGGUGUCCACAACUGCUUUCACUAUGAAGAUGUGGCGGUCCUGUGUGAUGAAUUCUUGCAUACACAGCCCCCAGCAAGGAAGGUGUUGACCAGUAUAGCGCCCCCUACAGCCCUCCAAAAUGGGAGAGGUGAGGGCAGCGUGCGCCUGGCGGGCGGUGCCAGCCCGUGUCAAGGCCGAGUGGAGAUUCUGCACGGUGGCCUCUGGGGCACUGUAUGCGACGAUGACUGGGGGCUGCCGGAUGCUGCUGUUGUGUGCCGCCAGCUGGGCUGUGGGGCCGCCUUGGCUGCCACCACUAACGCCUUUUUCGGCUACGGUACCGGGCAUAUCCUGCUGGACAACGUUCACUGCGAAGGCGGGGAGCCCCGCCUGGCAGCCUGCCAGAGCCUAGGCUGGGGCGUGCACAACUGCGGACACCACGAGGAUGCUGGGGUGCUCUGUGCAGUUCUGAGCCCUCCAACUUCCACAGCACUGCCUCCCUCUGUCACCAAAGAAGACUGGGCAUGGCACACUGAGCCAGCAGCUACAGGAGUUGGUGCCCUGCCUUCCAGGGAUACCAUACGGUUCACCACGGCAGCCUGGGCCUCAGGGAAGAAAAGCGGUAGGCUGAGGCUAGUAGGCGGCCCCAGCCCUUGUCGCGGUCGCGUGGAGGUGCUGUACGCCGGAGGUUGGGGCACCGUGUGCGACGAUGACUGGGACUUCGCGGACGCGCGCGUGGCCUGUCGCGAGGCGGGUUGUGGGCCUGCGCUAGGCGCCACGGGCCUUGGUCAUUUUGGCUAUGGCCGAGGCCCUGUGCUGCUGGACAACGUAGGCUGCACCGGUACCGAAGCCCGCCUCAGCGACUGCUUCCAUCUGGGCUGGGGCCAGCACAAUUGCGGCCACCACGAAGACGCUGGAGCUUUGUGCGCAGGCCCAGAGGAGCUGGGACUCCAGGUCCAGCAGGAUGGUUCUGAGACCACCCGAAUGCCCAGUCCUCGGCCCAGAGAUGGGGAGGCUUCAGACUUGAUGAGAAGCUGCAGACACCGAGGCACCUGCUCCCUGCCACAUAGUCAAUUUUCCGUCUUGGGAUCUCUGCAUGAGUUGGAAAAGUCCGUUUCUCUGCCGAGCAGGCGGCUCAGGGGAACCCUUUCUAUUUGAUAAAUAUCUUCUUCCAUCCACGUGGCCACCUUGGAAAGUGAACGUUGCCUCUACCUUUAAAAAAAAAAAUAACUGAUUUAAUUUCAUGUGCAUUGGUGUGAAGGGGUCAGAUCCUUGGGAACUAGAGUGUUACAGUUAUCGGCUGCCACAUGGGUACUGGGAAUUGAACCCAGGUUCUCUGAAAGAACAGAUGGUGCUCUCAACCGCCAAACCAUCUCCCCAGCCCCAUCUCUACUCGUUAGGUGAGGAAACUGAACAUCAAAAGUAGAGCUUUGACUGGGUGGUGGGGGUGCAUACCUUUAAUCCCAACACAGGGGAGGCAAAACCCGCUGGAUCUUGAAUUCGAGGCCAGCCUUGUCAGAGUGAGUUCUGGGACAGCCAGUGCUACACAGAGACACCAUGUCUCAAAAAAAAAAAAAAAAAAAAAAAUAGUGUUUUAGGCCAGUGAUGAAGCUCACAUGUAAAGGUAAUUGCUUGAAACAGCCUGACAAUCUGACAACGUGUGGUGUGUGUGUGUGUGUGUGUGUGUGUGUGUGUGUAUGUGUGUAAUGUAUACCUAUGGAUACAAGCAUGCCUGGGCCAGCAUACACAGGUGGAGUCGGCAGAGAGGACAGUUUGUGGGAGUCAGUACUCCCUACCAUGUGAAUCCUAGGGAAUCGAACUGAGAUCCUUCAGGCUUGGCCUCAGGCACCUUUCCUUGUUGAGCCACCUUGCCGGCCCAGUGGUUAGGGAUUUUAGAAGUUAAGCAUCCGUGAGAGCUGCCUGCACAAACUGCUUGGCUCUUCCCCUCUUCAUUCAUUCUCGUCCAUAAUGCUGCACAUGUAAUGCAAGCUGACCACAAUGUCUUGAUCCCCCUCUGCCAUCUCCUGAGGAGACAUCUACAGGCAUGCCCCACUGCUCCUGGCAAAAUCUUUACUAUUCCAGCACUUGGGAAGCAGAGGCCAGAGAAGCUCUGUGAGCUCCAGGAUCGCUAGAGCUGCACAGUGAGACCCUGUCUUGAAAUAAAACCCAAAGCAAAGCCAAAA